GUUUCUCUCUCUCCUCGGUAGAUUUGAUGGCGCGGGUACGGUUCCGUCGCCAAGUGCAGUUUGCAGCCAUAGUUUCGUCCCUGCCAAAAGGAGUGUGAAAAGAUCUUCUAGUAGAGUAUAUCUUAACGGCGCACGACGGCGGUUGGUGGUGGUUGUCCAUUUUGGUUUUUUUUUCGCUUUACUUCACGUGGACGAUAAUGCAAUGAAUCGGUGCUGUGCGAUUUCAGCGGUAUCAUAUCGGUAUCAAGCAUGAGCAUAAAACAUGAGCGUGAAGAUCGGAAAACUAAAAUGAGCGAAACCCCCGGAGUCGUCGAUAUAGAACACCUUAGGCAAAUGAGCCAUUCGUACGAAGAAGUUGUGUUUCGGUUGAUAAAAGUAAAUGCGGAAAUUGGCUGUGGCUCACAAACGAAACGAGGGAUACACUGUAGCUGUAGCUGGCUGAUUACAGGAAUUGUUCCAUAAGUUGAUCUUUAUUCGGAGAACAAAAUUAGGUGGCGAUUAUUCACCGUAUAGCGUAGGACAGAUGAAGUAAUGUAUUACCAUUGCACUGCUUCCGAUUGCUCAAAAACUACAAAAGCGAUCUAACUCGAACCAACUGCAAGGAUAUUCAAAUAGUUCCUUUCGUUUUAAGAGAAGCUGUAUUUAUGUAUAUUUAUUAUUCACACUGUUUAAAAAAAAUGCAUGCGCAUAUUGUAUAAGUCGUCGUUAGCGUACGUCAUAUAAAUUAAAAACACUCUGCGACUGAUCCAUUGCAAAAAUGCCCAUCAGCCUGUGUCUAACGAAUUCGUGUGGCUCACCGUCUACCGUCGUGCCAGAGGCACCGCAAACGACUUGCACGGAGAUGGACCGAGAUCGACAGAAUGUAAAUGAAGAUAAUUGCGAAAAACAGUCCAACUCCAACAAAGUGUUUAAAAAAUCAACCCUGCCACAGUUCCCGUCGGCGACGGUUUCGAUGAUGUACGGCUCGAGCAAGAGUAAAAAGUACUACAAUAAUGCGUCCAAUCGAAAAAAACAGCAGCACAUCAUCGAUAGUUUGAAAUCAUGGAAUCUCAACAUAGCACCUAGUGGCCUGGACAAGUCCGAAGAGGAGUCAGUGGCAGUAACCAUCGCAUCGAAUCAGAAGAAAGAGUUUGCGUGCCCUUCCGCGUCCACAUGCCCGAACGCUGAUGGGACAUUGGAUGAUUACGAGCAAGACAAUAGAGCGGUGGGCUAUAUCACGGAAAGCAUCCGCAAGACUUCGUCGAAAAAGAAAGUGCCGGAAUUUAUUGGCAAUAAGUUUAAACCGGAGGAAGCGAAAGCGGAGCAUCCGUUGGCUGUGGUAUCCAAGGUAGACCGAGACAAUGCUACUAAUGAAAUGGGGCACAAAAAUACUAAGCAUGCAAGAUCUCUCGAAUCUGCUGCUGCAGAAGAGGGUGACGUCGGAAGUGUUGUUAAUAAUCAUGCGGCAUCCUCUCAUCUCGCCGACACGUUAACCGGUUCGAGGGCAGAAAUGUAUUACGGACGUGCUGGUAAUGUGCCGCCUGUUAAAAAAAACCCGACUUCAUUGCAUCCGGAGUUCCAAGCUCCAUCGUCCUUUGCUGCAAAAGCAAAUCAACAAAAACACUCACAUAAAUCAUAUGUUCGCUCAUCCAGCCAUUGUACUGCUGCCAGUCCCGCAAACGUACCGAUCAGUGCGUCUGCAAAUAGCUCGGAAAAGUCAGCAACAGACGGAAGCCGAGAGUGUAAAGAAUCUGGAUCUGGAUCUACCGCUGAUCAAACCCAUGUUUCAGUUAUGUCUCUGAUGUUGCAGGGCAACUCGAAGCAGCAGCAGAAUGAGGCACUUCGUUUGAAACAAUUCACUAGUAAUACGGCCGUAUCUUCCGUCAUUUCUAAAGCUGGCCAUUCAAAUCAACAUGUUGUUACUCCAAAUCAAGCGUCAUACAUUCCUACACUUGGAUCGCAAAAUCCAUCAAAACAGCAGGUACUGAUUCACAAUGCACAGGACCACCAUCAGUCGUUGCAACAGCACAAUAAUACCGUUCCUCAUCAAUAUUCGUAUGAUUUUUUACGUGAUGUCGGUUUAAAAAUGUCCCUCUGCACUGUUACCAAUGGAGCAAGUAACAACAGCUCAUCGGGCGACAUUGCGAUGUACCGUGGUUCGACGUCUCAAGUGAACUAUAAUUUUACUCAACAAUUCCAGCAGCAUAUGAUGCAGCAUCAUCACAAUAAUCAGCUGCACCAGCGCAGUUCCCGGCAGUCGCCGCACCAGCAACAACCGCUGGUACAAUUGCAUAGGAUUAUUCCACAGCACACGGGACAGUACAAUCGUUCCCAAAGCAUGUACGGUGGAGAUGAGCUAGCUACGCAACAGUGCGGAAUGGUCGAAUCCCAACCAUAUUCCAACUAUGCACUGAUGAAUGCGGGUGACGGACACAACUCCAUGAACGUUGGUAAACAUUUUGAAGUAUCUUCCUACCUGUACAACCAAAACGGAGGUGUUCAUGCGCAACACCAAGCGGUACAUUACACGCAACAGGCGCCGGAGCACCACGUACAGCAGAUGCAUACCAACUAUCACCAGAAUAACAACUAUCAGUAUCACAACCGCAACGGCAAUACCGGCAAUGGUGGGGGUGGCAAUCAAUUAAGCUACGUUUCGCAAGGCGUCACAAGGGCCAUUGGUACGGUAAAUGGUAGAGACGAUCAAGGAAGGACUGGUGGUGGUGGUGGUGGUGGUAAAAAGCACUGGAAUACUCACGGAAAAGGAAAAAAUGGCUCCAUACAGACAAACGGAAAUAAACACGUGAACAAAGUGCAAAACAUUGGUUAUGGAUACCGAAAAAACUAUAACCAUUACUAUAAUCAUACUGCUGCUGGUGGAAAUCACUACUACGAACAUAUCACGAUGCAGCCGCAUCAGCAGCAACAAUCACUGCAGCAACAGCAACAGCACCACCCUCAGCAUCAUCAAAAUCAUUAUAAACAGCAACAUUUGCACCGAAACCUUGUAUACGUCCGUGGUUAUGAUAGAGGGCAUGGUGCUGCAUCUUCAAGCGAAUUUACCAACGCGAAUCAGCAGCAGGAGAUAAAACAAGCGGAAGUAGAGCGUUCUACUUCACCGAAACAAGCAGGGGAUGGAAGUGCGGUUGAAAAAAUUAUAAAUUCAGUAGCAGCAAAAGAGAAUGAUGGCCGCAACGAAUCAUCAUCCACAGAUUCAGUACCCUCCGAUACACAACAACAACAGACGGUGGCCAAUAAUGCUUUUCGUGGGGCGGAAGACGUGCCGGAUACCACGAAGAACUCUGAAUUGCACAUAGAGCGUGUUUAUAAGGCGACGAAAAGAUGCAGCGUUCCUCGUUCGUCAUCGUCUUCUUCGGUGGUGUCGAUUCCGUCGACAGACUCAUCGGUGCUGUCUAGUAAUACAUCUCAAACACAUCUGUUGGAAUCUACACACGCCAAUGUACACGACUACGAAUCGGAUUCGUCCCAUUCUUCCGAGUAUCCAGAGGGUACGUAUCGCUAUUUGAAGUACAAUGAAACGAACGAAGAGAAAGGGUUCCGGUCGUCAUCGUCCACCUCAUCAGGAAUAUCGUCCUCCUCCGCAUAUCCGACGUUGACCGAGUUUGUCCCUUCGGCACCUUCGUCUCUGCAUGCGUCAACCGCGGGGCUGGUUGGUGAAUUUAUCGUUCGAAGUCAAAGUUUUCAUGGCUCACAUCAGAACCUCAUGACGUACACUAGCAGUGGCGGCGGAAGUGUUGGCGACCAUAGCCCUCCAAUUGGCUCGCCGAAAGGAACAUCGAGAACUGUUACGGGCACCCAGUCUGUGCCGGUGUUUGGAGAACUGUUCGGUAACGCUAGCCAUAGCCAUCCGAACCCUAUUCAAUUCAUAAAUAGCCAGACGGCAGGGAGUUUUGGAAGUAGCUCAUCUUUGGAACUGGCACUGCAAGCAGCAGCUGCCAGUUCUUCAAGUUCGUCGUCGCUGUCUGCGUCAUCGGUGCCGCCCAACGAUUCUCAGUCGAUGCAGAGCGGACAUCCAAAGACACGCAGUCAAUCGGGACGAACAUCACCCGCCACCAACACACAUUACCGGUCGCACCGAUCGAUGGGAACUAAUGUUGCUGGAUCUCUUUUCAGCACCACCACUAAAGGACAAUCGUCAGCCGGUGGAACCGUGCGCAAAAAUAAUCAUGUUUCCAUGAGCUAUGUACAUCGUUCAUCAUUGCCCGCCGAUUUUCAAUACACACCGGCAGAUCGAUUCAUUCAGCGUGCGGAUGAUGUCGAAAUGAAGUCUCCGCCGGUUGCGCUCACUGAUGGCAGCAUUUGGGACAAUCUAUCGUUAGCGAUCUGGGAAAAGUUCACUGCUGCCCAGCAGUCGGAAGAGAAAUAUCUUGAAAAGAUGCAACUAUGGCGCGAUCUGUAUAUCUCGAUCAAGAAAGGCUUUCCGAAGUAUAGCCUUUAUCUGGUCGGCAGCACGAUCUCUGGCUUUGGUGCUGACAGUUCAGAUGUGGACAUGUGCCUUGUUUCGCGGAGCGCUCCCAGCUGCUACGAUCCUCGCUUGGAAGCGUUGCUCAAUUUGUCACUGGUGAAGGAAUAUUUCAUGAGUAUGCCAUCGUCAAGCUUCAACGACUUCAGCUUGAUUCAAGCAAAAGUGCCAAUUCUCCGCUUUCAAGACAGCAAGCACGGCAUUGAGGUGGAUCUGAAUUUCAACAAUUGCGUUGGGAUUAGGAAUACGCAUUUGUUGCACUGUUAUUCGCAGAUGGACUGGCGCGUUAGACCGUUGGUGUUGGUGGUAAAGUUGUGGGCCCGGCAUCACAACAUAAACGAUGCUAAAAACAUGACUAUAUCCAGCUACUCUCUGGUAUUGAUGGUUAUUCAUUUCCUGCAGUACGGAACAAGCCCACCAGUUCUUCCAUGUUUGCAUGCCUUACAUCCUGAAAAGUUUAUGAAAAUCAUCGACAUUCAUAAUAUAGAAAUGAUCGAACGCAUCGAACCAUAUCACACAGAUAACAAGGAAAGCUUGGGAGAAUUGUUGCUAAGUUUCUUGGAUUAUUAUACAAAAUUCGAUUAUGAACACUACGCUAUAUCUGUAAGAACAAGUACCAUCAUACCGAUAGAAGAAUGCCGUCUAGCAAGAAGCUACAAAAAUGAUCCUCACCAUUGGAAGCAUUUGUGCAUAGAAGAACCGUUCGACUUUACCAACACAGCUCGGUCGGUAUUUGAUGGUGAUGUUUUCGAACAGAUAAAGUCCACCUUUGCAACCUCGUGGCGGAUGCUAAAAGAUAGCAAAAGCUUGAGUGUUUUAUUCGGCGAGCCAUUAUUUACUCCGGUCACUUCGACACUGUCUAUAACAUCGUGAUCAUUAGUCGCUUGCAUAAGACUGGAACUUUAUAAUGUACAUCGGACGUUUAACGUGCUUGGUGGCAUUUGUGUUACGAUUUCGGUAGGAUGUAUCCGUGCAAAUGGAAUCCAAAUACCAGAAAAGUGAACGAAAAUUGUGUGAAAAGACUGAUGUAAGGAAUACUGCUGCACGGGUUUGCCCCGGCAGGAGUCGUAAAGAAAGUGCGCAGUGCGUCACAGGAAUACAUUUAUCAGUCGCCUAAGAUAAAUGAUAAACUUGUCCCAAACAGAAGCCAAGCUCGCAUUGUUACAAGUAUUUGGAUUUAAUAAGCUAUAAACUCGCUGCCAUGUUCAAGCAAUGUAAGGCUUAAGCAAUACAGUAAUACUGGUGAUUGUUACACAUAUUAUCGUUGAUAUCAGAGGACAUGCAAUGAUUAGGCGGUUUCUUAAUAUUCCUUGGACGCUCCUGUAGUUUAUGCACAAUUAUUACUAUGAGUGGUACUAAAAAACAAAGAAAAAAAACUCUAGUGAAAGUGGAAAAAUAUACAAAGAAAGAAGAUAUAGGAGAAUGUUAAACAUAAGAGUGAAUAAGAAAAAACAAACCAAGGUGAUGUCCAGAAAUUACUGGAAAGUAUCAUGGAAUGAUCUCGUUUAGUAAAACUUAAACAACCAGUUAUGGUGCCAUUAAAAAGAAAAGAAAAAAAGUGAAAACACAAGUAUUGAAAAAGAGAUCCUAUAGCAAAUGGGUAAUCGAUGCUCGUCAUGUUGGAUCUAUAUGAUCUGCGAAUAAACAAAAAGAGUACUAUACUACCUUGUGAGGACCAAAAAACAUGGUUUAAUAGUAGAAGUAGUAGUUAGGAAGGGGGAAGGGAGGGAAACGUAGCAGGAUGGCAUUUUACACAUGUCCACAUAAUGCUCUAGUUAAAGAGAGGAGUUGUCGUGGCAGAAUUCACAGUUAGUAUGAUCGUGAGUGUAGAGCGCGUCUUGCUGGAUGCAUUGAUUCCGAGAAGAAAGAUACUUCUUUGAUACAAAGGGUUUUUUGUCUUCUAAAACCUAAACACUUCUCCAGAGUGAGAAUUUGCUACAAACGUUGAACGCAUUAGAAAACUAGCAAUUCAUCCAGAGAUCAUCAUAAUAAGCAAUAGAUGAAGGAAUAUGUAGCAAAACAAAAGGAAAGACACACAACAUUUCGCCAAUGAAACAAAAAACAAAAGGUAAGCGCGCAUCGUCACGAAUCUAAAGCAAUACUUUAUUGAAUGAGUCUCUGUUUUAAAAGUAGACGUGUUUAAAGGUAAUAAGAAAUAUGGCUGUGAAAUCAGAGAUAUAAAACUACUACUACUAGCAUAACGUACGCGCCUGGCUGGCUGAAUCGGGUCGAGUGUAUUGAUACUGCCCAAGUGUUACGAAAAAAAACAAAUGUCUAGAUUCCGAAGACGAAACACGAUAAUUUAUAUUAUAUUUUUAGAGUUAAUUUAUGCAGCGUGAGUGGUAGAACAGCAGAAAGAUGCUUGCGUCAUGUUGUUGAAAUGCGUCCGAUCUGCUGAUGAAAGAGGAUUUCCGGAGCAAUAAUCGAACAGCGAUUAAAUGCUAGCAUUUCAUUUAACUCAUGUUUGAGGAAUAGGAAAUGGAGGCAGAAAAAAGAAAAAAAACAAAUAGCAAAGUAGAAAA